ACAAAACCCAAUUACCAGUAAAGAACCCAGCAAUCCAGGUGGACUACAAAGGCCAUUGUUUUUGCUCCUAACAUUGUCUCACCCUGUCCUCAUCUCAUUCUAACAACAAAGGAUCAUGGUUGGGAAUCCAUCACAAUCCACCCACUUAAAUUCUAAAUUCUAAACCAACUAUCUAUAACCCUACAAAACCCCACUAUCUUUCUUGCCAAAAGCCUGCAACUUUAAGAAAAUUAGAAAGAAAAUGAUUCUCUCCUACUCACUUUCCACCCUUGAAUCAGGCUUCAUCCCCAAAUUCAUCACCUCAAUUCCCAAUUCUCAAAAUACUAAAUUUUGUCAUACUCAGUCUUUUGAUUCUUCAAAAACCUUGAAUCGGGGUUGUCAAAAGCUUGUUUCCAGCUCUUUUGGAAGGAGGAAGUUGGGUGGUUUUAGUCAUAAACAGAAAAUUCCAUGUAUUAAACAGGUUAAUGCCCAGAAUUGGGAUAAGUUUUCUUAUAGGGGCCCGUUGAAAAGCUCUAAUUUUGAUGGUAACGAGAUUGGUAGUGCCAAAAUGAGAUAUUGUGAGGUGGGUCAUAGGAAAAGGGGUCUGCUUUCAAGGCUAAAAUCCGUGCUGAGUGUAGAUAAUUUGGCGGAGAUUGAGGGGGAGAGAGGAGACGGCAGGAAGAGUAACUAUGAUGCUAUUGUUAUUGGAUCAGGGAUUGGAGGAUUGGUUGCGGCUACGCAGUUGGCAGUCAAGGGAGCUCGGGUUCUGGUACUGGAGAAGUAUGUCAUUCCUGGGGGAAGUUCAGGGUAUUAUGAGAGGGAUGGAUACACUUUUGAUGUAGGGUCUUCUGUGAUGUUUGGAUUCAGUGAAAAGGGAAAUCUCAAUUUGAUAACCCAAGCUUUGGCAGCAGUAGGAUGUCAGAUGGAGGUGAUACCUGACCCGACAACUGUCCAUUUCCAUCUACCCAACAACCUUUCUGUUCGAGUACAUAGAGAAUACAGUGAAUUUAUCACAGAACUUACCAGUAAAUUCCCACAUGAAAAGGAAGGAAUCCUCAAAUUCUAUGGUGAAUGUUGGAAGAUCUUCAAUGCCUUGAACUCGUUAGAGUUAAAGUCACUUGAGGAGCCUGUAUACCUUUUUGGACAGUUCUUUCAGAAGCCUCUUGAAUGCUUGACACUAGCCUUUUAUCUGCCACAAAAUGCUGGAGACAUUGCUCGGAAGUAUAUAAAGGAUCCCCAGUUACUGUCUUUCAUAGAUGCAGAGUGUUUCAUUGUGAGCACAGUUAAUGCUUUACAGACACCAAUGAUCAAUGCAAGCAUGGUUCUCUGUGACAGGCAUUUUGGGGGAAUUAACUAUCCUGUUGGUGGUGUUGGUGGGAUUGCAAUGUCCUUAGCAAAAGGCCUCAUUGAUCAGGGUAGUGAAAUUCUUUACAAGUCAAAUGUCGCUAAGAUUUUACUUGAAAAUGGCAAGGCUGUCGGAGUAAGGCUGUCUGACGGAAGGGAGUUUUUCGCCCAAACCAUAAUAUCAAAUGCUACUAGAUGGGACACAUUUGGAAAGCUGUUGAAAGGAGAAAACCUUCCAAAAGAAGAAGAGAAUUUUCAGAAAGUUUAUGUUAAAGCUCCUUCUUUUCUUUCAAUCCAUAUGGGUGUUAAAGCUGAGGUUCUUCCACUGGAUACAGACUGCCACCAUUUUGUCCUUGAGGAUGAUUGGACGAGAUUGGAGGAGCCUUAUGGGAGUAUCUUUCUAAGUAUUCCAACUGUUCUUGAUUCAUCAUUAGCUCCAAAGGAGCGCCAUAUUCUUCACAUAUUUACAACUUCAUCUAUAGAAGACUGGGAGGGACUUCCUCAAAAGGAUUAUGAGGCAAAAAAGGAGAUGAUUGCAGAUAAAAUCAUUAGCAGGUUGGAGAAGAAACUAUUUCCAGGUCUCAAAUCAUCCAUCGUUUUUAAGGAGGUAGGAACACCAAAGACACACAGAAGGUACCUGGCUCGAGACAAGGGUACUUAUGGACCAAUGCCGCGUGGAACUCCCAAGGGCUUAUUGGGAAUGCCAUUUAAUACAACAGGAAUAGAGGGUCUCUACUGUGUUGGCGAUAGCUGCUUUCCAGGACAAGGUGUUAUAGCUGUUGCUUUUUCAGGAGUAAUGUGCGCUCAUCGAGUAGCUGCUGAUAUUGGUCUUGAGAAGAAGUCUCCUGUACUAGAUUCUGCUCUCCUUCGUUUGCUUGGUUGGCUGAGGACAUUGGCAUAAGAUAUUCUAUCAAAAAGUACAAGACAGAAUAUCAGUAUUUUGCCAGACAAGCAUUCCUGUAUUGCUGGUUUUCAGGCUGAGACAAAUAAAUUUGCUGAGUUUUUCUGAGGGAGGUUAGAAUUCAACUGAGAACAAGUUGAGGUGUUUCAUAAAUAAUCGCUAAGAAUCAGUUUUUGACUCGUUGAGUUUUAUCUCAACUUGUUUCUAAGGCUGAAACAAAUGUAUAUAGAAACUAUAUCUCUGACUGAAGCAUAUAGUUCAAUCAUCAAUUCGAUCAUUUACCUUGAAACUGUUUGGCACCCUCAAUCUCAAUUAUUUGGAUUGAGAAAUUUAUUCCCAAAUUCUGAUGAGAUUCAUAAUUAAUUAUGUUUCGUUAC